UUCUGGUUUGCAACUACAUGUUUUCUCUCUCUCUCUGUUUCCAGGUGGAUAACUCCUCCCUAACAGGAGAGUCAGAGCCUCAGAGCCGGUCACCUGACAAUACCCAUGACAACCCCCUCGAGACCCGAAACGUCGCUUUCUUCUCCACCAACUGCGUGGAAGGCACAGCUCGUGGUAUUGUUAUCUGCACCGGUGACCACACAGUCAUGGGUCGCAUUGCCACCCUGACCUCUGGCCUGGAGACCGGAAAGACCCCCAUCGCCAAAGAGAUCGAGCAUUUCAUCCACAUCAUCACCGGUGUGGCUGUCUUCCUGGGCGUUACCUUCUUUAUCCUGGCCAUCGUCCUGGGUUACAGCUGGCUGGAGGCCGUCAUCUUCCUCAUCGGCAUCAUCGUGGCUAACGUGCCCGAAGGGCUGCUGGCUACUGUCACUGUGUGUCUGACCCUGACUGCUAAGCGUAUGGCGAAGAAGAACUGCCUGGUGAAGAAUCUGGAAGCUGUGGAAACCCUCGGCUCCACCUCCACCAUCUGCUCCGACAAGACAGGAACCCUGACCCAGAACAGGAUGACCGUGGCCCACAUGUGGUUCGACAACCAGAUCCACGAGGCCGACACCACGGAGGACCAGUCUGGUGCCUCUUUCGACAAGAGCUCCGUGACGUGGCUGAGUCUGGCUCGUGUUGCUGGUCUGUGUAACCGCGCUCAGUUCAAAGCGGGACAGGACGCCCUGCCCAUCCUGAAGCGUGACGUGGCCGGAGACGCCUCAGAGUCCGCGCUGCUGAAGUGCAUCGAGCUGUGCUGCGGCUCCGUGAGAGCCAACAGGGACAGGAAUAAGAAGGUGGCCGAGAUCCCCUUCAACUCCACCAACAAAUACCAGCUGUCAAUACACGAGACUGAAGAUACCAACGAUAACCGCUACCUGCUGGUGAUGAAGGGCGCCCCCGAGAGGAUCCUGGACUGCUGCUCCACCAUCAUGGUGCAGGGCAAGGAGCAGCCCAUGGACGAAGAGCUCAAGGAGUCUUUCCAGAACGCCUACAUGGAGCUUGGAGGCCUCGGAGAGAGAGUGCUGGGUUUCUGCCACACGAUGCUCGCAGAGGAUCAAUACCCCAAGGGCUUCGCCUUCGACACGGAUGAUGUCAACUUCCAGACAGACCAGCUUUGCUUCAUCGGCCUCAUGUCCAUGAUCGACCCUCCCCGUGCUGCUGUGCCUGAUGCUGUUGGAAAAUGCCGAUCUGCUGGAAUCAAGGUCAUCAUGGUCACUGGAGAUCACCCUAUCACUGCCAAGGCCAUUGCCAAGGGAGUGGGCAUCAUCUCCGAGGGCAACGAGACCGUGGAGGAUAUCGCAGCUCGUCUCAAUAUCCCCGUCAGCCAGGUCAACCCCAGGGAUGCCAAAGCCUGUGUGAUCCACGGCACAGACCUCAAAGAUCUGUCUCAGGAUCAGAUGGACGACAUCCUGAGGAACCACACAGAGAUUGUAUUCGCCAGGACGUCCCCUCAGCAGAAGCUCAUCAUCGUAGAGGGCUGCCAGCGACUGGGUGCCAUUGUGGCCGUGACAGGCGACGGUGUGAAUGACUCUCCCGCUCUGAAAAAGGCCGACAUCGGUGUUGCCAUGGGUAUCUCCGGCUCAGACGUGUCCAAACAGGCCGCUGACAUGAUCCUGUUGGACGACAACUUUGCCUCCAUCGUGACAGGAGUGGAAGAAGGUCGUUUGAUCUUUGAUAACCUGAAGAAGUCCAUCGCCUACACCCUGACCAGCAACAUCCCAGAGAUCACACCCUUCCUGCUGUUCAUCUGCGCCAACAUCCCCCUGCCCCUGGGAACCAUCACCAUCCUCUGCAUUGACCUGGGAACUGACAUGGUGCCAGCCAUCUCCUUGGCCUAUGAGACCGCAGAGAGCGACAUCAUGAAGCGUCAGCCCAGGAACCCCUUCAGGGACAAGCUGGUGAACGAGAGGCUCAUCAGCAUCGCUUAUGGACAAAUUGGUAUGAUCCAGGCUGUUGCAGGCUUCUUCGCCUACUUUGUCAUCUUGGCUGAAAAUGGUUUCCUGCCCAGUAAACUAGUCGGCAUCAGGCUCAACUGGGACGACCGCUCUGUCAACGACCUGGAAGACAGCUACGGGCAGCAAUGGACAUACGAGCAGAGGAAGAUUGUGGAGUUCACCUGCCACACAGCCUUCUUCGUCAGUAUCGUGGUGGUGCAAUGGGCCGAUGUGAUCAUCUGCAAGACCCGACGUAACUCUGUGUUCCAGCAGGGCAUGAGGAACAAGAUCUUGAUCUUCGGCCUGUUUGAAGAGACAGCCCUGGCUGCCUUCCUGUCCUACUGCCCCGGCAUGGAUGUGGCACUCAGGAUGUAUCCUCUAAAGCCUAGCUGGUGGUUCUGUGCGUUCCCCUAUAGUUUCCUCAUCUUUGUUUAUGAUGAAGUCCGAAAACUCCUCCUCCGUAGGAACCCCGGAGGUUGGGUGGAAAGGGAGACAUACUAUUGAUCGAUGGAGCAUCUCUGCUCAAACCCCCUACAUCUCCACUUAUUUCUCCCCCCCCCUCCCCCCUGU